AUGGGUUCCAUGGGCAGGCCGUUAUAUACGGCAUCCUUCGCCUUCUUUCAGUCGCUCUACGAGGCCGGCGUGACACAUAUCUUCGUCAAUCUAGGCUCUGACCAUCCUUCCAUCAUGGAGGCCAUGGCAAAAGGCUACAAUGAUCCCCAGGCCAAGUUUCCACGCAUCAUCACGUGCCCGAACGAGAUGGUGGCUAUGUCAAUGGCCGACGGCUAUGCUCGAUACACUGGAAAGCCACAAUGUGUACUGAUCCACGUUGAUGUCGGAACCCAGGGUCUUGGAGCUGCUGUGCAUAACGCAAGUUGUGGCAGAGCACCAGUCCUGAUCUUCGCCGGCUUGUCGCCUUACACAAUCGACGGCGAGUACAGAGGCUCGCGGACAGAGUACAUUCACUGGAUCCAGGACGUCCCAGAUCAGAAGCAGAUCGUCGCUCAGUAUUGCCGAUACACAGGCGAGAUCAAGCGUGGCGCAAAUGUCAAGCAGAUGGUGAAUCGAGCGCUCCAAUUCGCGACGAGUGAUCCAACCGGUCCGGUGUACCUCUAUGGUGCGAGAGAGGCUAUGGAAGAGGACAUUGAGGAGUACUCUUUGGUACAGGAGAACUGGCUUGGGGUCAGUGCUGCCGCUCUGCCAGAACAAGCAGCAGCGGAUAUAGCGAAGCUACUUGUGGAGGCGAAGGAACCCUUGGCCAUCGUCGGCUUUACUGGCCGGAAGGCAUCUUCGGUCGAAGCAUUGGUGAAGCUAGCAGACACCAUUCCAGGCUUGAAGGUUGUCGAUACGGGAGGGAGCGACAUGUGCUUUCCAGCAAACCAUCCGGCCUCCCUCGGCCUGAAAUAUGUCGGGGAGAAGAGUAUAUUGACGGCGGACUUCAUACUCGUGGUCGACUGUGAUGUGCCCUGGAUCCCAACACAAUGCAAGCCCAAGCCAGGAACGAAAGUUGUCCAUAUCGAUGUGGAUCCUUUGAAACAGCAGAUGCCCGUAUUCUACAUCCAGGCAUCUGCUCGAUAUAAGGCAGACUCGACAACGGCAUUCAGUCAGAUCAAUGCCCACCUCAGCAGCAACAAGGAGUUGACCGCAAAGCUUCAAGACGAGUCCUACAAGACCGCAGCGGAGAAACGUCGUGCGUCACAUCAGCAGCGUGUGGACAACAUCAAGAAACUGGCAGAGCUCCCAUCGGACCACAAAGCCGGUCUCAAUAUACACAUCAUCUCAUCCCAGAUCCGAGCCGCAGUGCCAGAAGACACAAUCUUUGCCGUUGAGGCCGUGACCAACGCCGGCUUUGUCUCCGACCAAAUAGCGCCCGUUCUUCCCAAAACUUGGAUCAACUGUGGCGGCGGCGGUCUAGGCUGGUCAGGAGGUGGCGCCCUCGGUAUCAAGCUCGCCACCGACUACGAUAAUCGCGACCAAUCCUCAGGCGACAAGAUCGGCACGAACAAGGGUAAAUUCGUGUGCCAAAUCGUUGGCGACGGGACUUACCUUUUCAGCGUGCCCGGCUCGGUCUACUGGAUCGCGCAGAAGUACAAGAUUGCGGUGUUGGUGAUCGUGUUGAACAAUAAAGGGUGGAACGCGCCAAGGAAGAGUAUGUUGCUGGUGCACCCGGAUGGGGAGGGCAGCAGGGUUGAUAAUAAGGCGUUGAAUAUCUCGUUUGAUCCGACGCCGGACUAUGCCGGGAUUGCGAGGGCGGCGAGUGGUGGGAAGGUGUGGGCGGGGUGUGCGAGUAACGUGGAGGAAUUGUUGAAAUUGCUCAAGGAGGCUGUGGAGGUUGUGAAGGGUGGGACGACGGCGGUGUUGGAGGUCAAGAUCGAGGAUGGCGAGGUGCCGGUGAAGGCGACAAAUGGAGCAGCGAAUGGCGCUGCGGACGGGGGCAAGGCUGGUUCCUGA